GCUAGUGGCAAAGUUUGGGAAUGAAAGAAAGGCUGUUGAGCUGCAAUGCUACUGCUUUGCGGAUUACAGUAACAUUUACACGUUGUUUUCUGUAAGCACCCAUCUCUACUGGAUUCAGCAGGAUCUAACUAAAGGUACGCAAUCCUGAGACAUGUCGGAGGACCUGAGCUCUCAACCCUGGUCCAUCAACAAGGAUGACUAUGAGCUGCAGGAGGUGAUCGGAAGCGGAGCUACGGCUGUGGUCCAGGCUGCCUACUGUGUGCCCAGGAAGGAGAAGGUCGCCAUCAAACGCAUCAAUCUGGAAAAAUGCCAGACCAGCAUGGACGAGCUCCUGAAAGAGAUUCAGGGGAUGAGCCAGUGUCACCAUCCCAACAUUGUGUCGUACUACACCUCGUUCGUGGUGAAGGAUGAGCUGUGGUUGGUCAUGAAGCUGCUCAGUGGUGGCUCUGUGUUGGAUGUUAUAAAGCACAUCAUUUCAAAAGGGGAACACAAGAACGGUGUACUGGAUGAACCCAGUAUAGCUACUGUGCUGAAAGAGGUCCUUCAGGGUCUUGAGUACCUUCACAGAAAUGGACAGAUCCACAGGGAUCUCAAAGCUGGAAACAUUCUGCUGGGGGAGGACGGAUCAGUGCAAAUCGCAGAUUUCGGUGUAAGUGCCUUCUUAGCCACUGGUGGUGACGUGACUCGAAAUAAAGUGCGGAAGACGUUUGUGGGAACGCCAUGUUGGAUGGCUCCAGAAGUGAUGGAGCAGGUGAAAGGUUACGACUUCAAAGCAGACAUCUGGAGUUUUGGGAUCACAGCCAUCGAGCUGGCCACAGGUGCCGCUCCUUACCACAAAUACCCUCCUAUGAAGGUGUUGAUGUUGACCCUGCAGAAUGAUCCGCCUUGUCUUGAGACUGGAAUCACAGACAAGGAGAUGGUGAAGAAAUAUGGGAAAUCCUUGAGGAAGAUGAUCUUGUUGUGUUUGCAGAGGGACCCAGAGAAAAGGCCGACAUCAUCAGAACUCUUAAAACAUAAAUUCUUCCAGAAAGCCAAGAAUAAUGAAUUCCUGCAGGAGAAAUUAUUACAGAAAGCACCUACAAUUACAGAAAGAGCGAGAAAGGUUCGGCGAGUUCCUGGCUCCAGUGGGAGACUCCAUAAAACAGAAGAUGGACAAUGGGAAUGGAGUGAUGAUGAACUGGAUGAGGAGAGCGAGGAGGGCAGAGCUGCUAUUGCUGCCUUACGGGAGCAGCAGUCCAAGUCGACAAGGCGACAAGUCCGUUUCUCUCAGCCUCUUGAGCUGCCCCCACCCAGGGUUGUUCAGUUUUCCCGCACUAACAUGCAAUAUGGUCACUUCUGGUCACUACAUGAUCUUUGUAUUCCAAUAUUCCAGCCUUUCAGCAGUCACCUCCAGCCUGAACUACCUCAGUCUGCUGGCCAGGGCCCGGCCAACACUCAACACACUGUCCCAACUACUACCCCAACCCCAGCUGCGAACCCUGCGCAGCCCCCAGUUCCUGGAGCCGAUGCCUCACCGUCCCCGAUCAGUUUAGUAUUAAGGUUAAGAAACUUGAAAAAGGAACUGAAUGACAUACGAUUUGAGUUCAUGCCAGGCAGAGACACAGCAGAUGGGGUUUCUCAGGAGCUGGUAUCGGCCGGCUUGGUAGAUGGGAGAGAUUUAGUUAUAGUGGCUGCUAAUUUGCAGAAGAUAGUCGAAGAGCCUCAUUCCAAUAAAAAUGUCACAUUUAAACUGGCCUCUGGCGUUGAGGGCUCUGAGAUUCCUGAUGAUGUCAAACUCUUGGGAUUUGCUCAGCUCAGCAUUAACUAAACUUUGGCUCUGUGCGGGACCAUGACUUGCCUACAAAUGUGAAAACAAACCAACACUACCAACAGAAUGACACAUUGAUGCAUUUUUUUCCCCCUUUCAAUUGCCCUAAAGAAACCACUGUUGCCAAAGAGAAAAGUACCCUAGCACCAGCCCAUAGGAUUUCAAACGGCCCAGCGGAAGAGUUGCACAAACAUGAGAGUGAUCAGAAUUUGUAGGAAUCGAUUAAAAUAAAGUUUAGAAUUUAUUUGUAUAAGGAUGCAAUUAUCAUAACCAGAUAUAACCUCUUAAUGUUCUUCUAAUGUUUAUCUUUCUUUUCUUCUGUUUUUUGAUUGUCCUAGUUUUGCCAAAUCUGUACGGACACCCUAAAAAUGAACAAUGUAAAAAUGCCUCCAAUAUAACUACUGAGCGCAUACACUCUUAAAAAUAAAGGUGCUUCACUAUACCAUAG